AGGGAAUAGUCAAUCAAGAUGUUGAAGGGACGGAGGGGUGGGCUCAAGGGGAAGGGGAGGAUGGCGAAGAAAGCUGCACCUGCAGCCCUCCAAACGGAAGUUUCCACUGAUGAAGAGUGGGCGAAGAUCAUGGAACGAAAGGGUCUUGUUGUUGUGGACGUUUAUUCGGAUUGGUGCGGACCCUGCAGUGGAAUGGUCAGCAUCCUCAAGAAAAUAAAAAUGGAAAUUGGUGGUGAUCUUCUCAGUUAUGCGAUAGCCAAGUGCGACAACAUCUCGGACCUCGAGAGGUUCAGGGGAAAGAGCGAACCCACCUGGAUGUUCAUUCAUAACGGAAUGAUGGUGAACUUGAUGUUCGGCGCAUACUGCCCUGAACUUCAGAAAAUGCUGACUGAUGAGAUUCAUAAAGUUCAGAAGAAUGAAGAUCAUGAAUUUUGUAUUCCGGUCUCAGAGAGAAGUCCUGAGGAGCAAAAACGGGUGAAGAUACUUGAGGAGGAGAGGGUGGCUAAAGAGGCUGCUAAGAAGGCACAAAAAGAGUCUGAAGCUGUGGCGAGAUACGAAGCAGAGAUGCAUCACCUGAUGACAUCUCUCCUCGACGAGACCAGUCUACUUUUGUACCCCUGGGUCUUCAAGGACGAGGAGGGCCACAGGAGAGACAAGAGAGCGAGUCCACCCUACGUAGAUUUACUGGAGAACGUUCUCCCCGAUAACUACACAGUGGAGCAAGAGAUCAGAAAACGACUGAAUGAAGAUUUCAUCGCCAAAAUAUUCGCAGAGUCUGAUUGGAUAGUGACUCCGGAGGCCAAACAGCUUCUGACAGAAGGUAAAUGCAUGUUUAUGCGACUGAAGGUGGGGGAGAACAGGCCGGAAAUGGAUGUGGAAAAAUAUCUGCUCAAUUUAUUGUUUGGUGAACCACGACUACCACUCAUUGGCGACGACAUUCCCGAGGGUUGUUUUGCAGAGCGCCACAAACCAGCCUCCAUCCCCUUAGGAAAAGAGAAUUUCAUAUUUCCGGUCGUCUGGGCGACUCCGAACGCCCUGAAUAAAAUAGCCCUCUUCAAAACGAUAUUCAAGAAGUAUCUCGACACAACAUUCCCCUACGAAGACAAGACCGAAAAAGCUCCGAUAAUGGUCUUCAAGUUCGACAGCACACGAAAAAAUGAACUCAAAGUAGUCCUCGCGAUGCAGGAGUCCGAGGUCCUGCACUUCGGUAUUUUCGAGAGGGAUAAGCCCGGGGAGGCGAGGCUCCUGGCGAAUUCCAUUGAAGAAUUCGACGCCAGUGCCGAGGAAAAGACUGGGUACGAGGCGUUCGUUUGCGUCGUGAGGAAAGUCGGCUCCGAGGCCUUCCUCACGUUCGCGGGCAUCGGCCCCUAUCAUGUCAGUGAAAACCCAGAUAUUGCUGUUGAAGAAGCUAAUGCGUACUUUCCGGAAGUACUUCCAGCCGAUGAAGAGGAUGAUGACGAGGAGAAGUUGGAGGAGGGGGAGGUGGGGGGAGAGGAAGUGCGAGAGAAUGGCGAGAAGAUGAGUUGA